AUUUGUGCGGUGACGUGUUCGACUACCUGAUGGAGUUUCAGAAAGGAAUAGAAGCUCACCCGGACUGUCCUAUUUACACAUCAGUCUUUGAGGACAUGAAACUGGUGAGUAGAUGCCACCUUAUAACAGGACUGUGUGCUAGUACGUCAUUGAGUUCAUCAAAUGUCGAUUGAAGUUUUUUUUUUGUUUUUUUUUAAACAAAACUUGUUGUAACGGUCAAAUGAAAAAAAAUAAAUAAAUGUCUUCAAUCAGCCAGGUGACAAAAAAGGAAGUAAUCUAGCAAUAAUUGUGAUUGAGGUCAGCUAGUAAUUGCGAUUGAAGUCAGCUGGUAAUUGUGGUUGAGGUCAGCUGUGAUUUGGGAUUUAGGUCAGCAGGUCAUUGUGAUUGGAGUCAGCUGGUAAUUGUGAAUUAGGUGAGCUGGUAAUAAUUGUGAUUGAGGUGACUUUACCUGUGGGGCUAUUUACAUUUAAUCGAGUACUUAACUUUCCCUGACAGGAUCUAGUUGGUGGUGUUAAGAAACUCAAUGAGUUCCUGGCCACCGGAUGCAGUGAUGAGCUGUGUGAACAAAUUGCCGUCGCCUGUAGCUUCACCAACAUGAAAGAAUAUAAAGACAGCACCGCCAGUGAACAAGGGAAAUCUAUGUUUAAGAACAAAAAUUUUGGCUUCUAUAGAAAAGGUGAAAUUUUUUCAAUGUGUCUUUUAAAUAUAUGCAUGAUUGAUAAUGCUUUCCUUUGUAAGUUUCUAGAAUAAUCCAAAACUUCAAACCUAACAUUCUUCGCUAAAAUUAUAAAAAAGAAUUUCAUUUAGGAGUUGGAAUAAUUUAAACAAUUUAAAAAAACAAAAAUCUUACUCCAUCCAAAAUGCAUCAUCUUUAUGUCUAAAUUACGUUAUUCAAUCAUCGGCGAAUGUUUUUUUCGUUUUUUAAUGAACGAUAUCUUUAUCCAAUAUCUGCAUUUUUUUAAAACUUAGCAAUUUAAUUAUUUUUUUUUCAAAUUAUAUCUGAUCAAAUAUAUCUACACCUUUUGCGACAUAGAACAAACAUUGAUGAUUUUUUUUCUUUUCUAUUUGUUAAAUUUCCCAGGCGAGGUGGGAGACUGGAAGAACUGGUUCACUGUGGCCAUGAAUGAAGAGUUUGAUGUCGAGUACAAGAAGAGGAUGGCAGAAUAUAAAACUGUUUACAAAUACACGUUGGGUGAUUUAUCCAUAUAACAGCAGUUAUAUGUCAUGUCAUAGAAUGCUCUUCGAAGUAUUCAUACAAUUUUUGAUAGACAUUUUUCAUUUAAGCUUUAUUUUUAACUUUUAUCAAUGCCAAACCGUAAAUUUGUUUUACUUUAUGAACCUUGUGGCCCCCUGCCUGGUUGUGUACACCCUCUCCCCUAUUUUAAGUUUUGAAUCAUUUUCAUACACAAUUUGUUUUAAAUAUUAUGAUCACAUGUUCGAUCUCAUUGUAUGAAUUAAGUUCAUUGUUUGAUAAUUAACAUUUUUAUACUGAAAUUAUUCCAUAGCAGCUAUAUAUAACUGGUUGACAUUUUGUUUUGUAUUUCAAACAUUAACAAGUCUGUGUGUAUGUGUGUGUGUGUGUGUGUGUGUGUGUAUGUGUGUGUGUGUGUGUGUGUUGUAUGCGUGUCUUCUGCGCAGCGUGUGAGUAGGAUAGAUUUUCCAAAUAAUUACUAGAUGGCAUAAUAAAAUCAAUUUUUAAAAUUAAGCCUGUCAAAUUUUAUCUUGUUGAAGAAAUAAAUGUAGACGAAAUAGUGUUAAGUCAGUCGACCAACCUUACAGCCUCUCUGUAUAUCAAGUGGUAUUGAAGUUCGUAUAAUAUUGUCACCAAUUGUUAAGAGACAAUAAUAAUAAUAUUAAGAGAUUUUUUUUUAAAUUAAAGAACAAUUCAUUCGAUAAAUUAUUUACAUGAGUUUGUUGUUAAAGAGCUUUUACGUAUACAAGCCAGGCGACUGAUAUCAAGAUAAAUCCACCACAUUGGUAAGCAAUUUUACAGCCUCUCUGUAUAUCAAGUGGUAUUGAAGUUCGUAUAAUAUUGUCACCAAUUGUUAAGAGACAAUAAUAAUAAUAUUAGCAGAUUUUUUUAAAAUUAAAGAACAAUUCAUUC